GGUUACUCAACUGACACAAACGAAUGAGACUCAAAAAACGAAUGAAUUCCUCUUUGAUCGUCCGCAGAUGCAUUAAGAUAUGGCUUCAUUUGUUCCAUGUGGACCCUGUGGUCACGAAAGAUUAGAGAAGAGUGCAGAAAAAUGGUGCACCGAUUGCAACGAAGGAUUUUGUAAUAUAUGUGAAAAGGCACAUAAAUCUAUGAAAAUAUCGAGAUAUCACAACUUGAUUACCAUCGACGAAUACCGUAAAAUUGAAAAUGUCAAUGUUCGCUUUGAGUGCGAAGAACAUGGGUCCAAACUUGAGAUGUAUUGCAAAUUACAUGAAAUGGCUAUUUGUAUGGCAUGCUUUCCAGCAAAGCAUAAAGGUUGCUUCGAUGCCAUCAUUCCUUUAGCAGAAGCUGCAAAAAAUGCAAAGACAUCUACUGCUCUUGUCGACUUGGAACAUACUAUUAACAACACAUUACAAAACAUUCAAGGAUUUGAUAAGGAUCGCGAGGCAGCUGCAGAAAGAAUUGAAACGCAAAUAAUAGUAAUAAAGAAAAUGAUCUUCGAUACACGGGAAAAUAUUAAUAAACAUUUAGAUGAUCUGGAAAGGAAAUUGUUAAAUGAAUUAACAACAACAUCAACUUCUUAUAGGUCACAAUAUUCGAAAUUACAGAACCAACUUAGUAAUAUUGAAAAAAAAAUUAAACCUCUCCAGGAACAAACAACUCAACUAAAGCGUUUUGCCUCCGACUUACACCUGUUCCUUAGUACACAUCAGGUGAAUAAAGGGGUACACGAUGGUGUUAAGUCCCUCAAAGAAGCCUUCCUGUCCUUUAAGAAUUAUAACAUAGACAUUGAAAUACACCAGGGUAUUAAUUCACUGUUGAAAGAUGUCAACCACUUUGCUAGGAUUAAAGUGGACGAAAGUACCAUCAGCUGUCCAUUUAAGGAAGCAAAUAUUGAUCAAGCCCAAAUGCAAGUACAACCUAGAAGAUCUGUUCAUGAUACAAAGCUACAAUUGAGAAGAAAGUUCACGAUUAAGCAAACAGGAAAUGAAAUGUACAUUGCAGGAUGUACAAUUUUGGCAAAUGGUAACUUAUUGAUUGCAGACCACAAUGGACAGAAUGUACUAAUGGAGUAUAAUGAAGACGGAAAUUUCAUCCGUGAUAUACCCGUCUCUGCACGGCCAUGGGAUCUGACAGUAAUAGAUACCGAUCACAUUGCUGUUUCUUAUCGCGCUUUAUGCUACAUCGAGGUUAUAGAUAUAAGGAAAAAGAUAGUGAAAACAGUGAAAUUCAAAAACUAUUGUGGUGGAAUAUCAUACAAUGAUGGAAAGAUAUAUGUUGUAGUGAAAAAUGAAGGAAUAGUAGUGUUAGAUAUGGAUGGAACCAAAAUUAAUACAAUCAAGUGUAGCACUGAUGUUUAUGAUAUCACAACAAGCCAAUCAAGAAUCUACUUCACACAAAUGAAACAGCACACUGUUAACUGUUGUACAGGAACUGGAGAGGAAAUAUGGAAUUUCGAGGAUAUAUUACUUAACUCUCCUGGUGGAAUUGCCGUUGACAAAAACCAGAAUUUGUUUGUUGUGGGUAAACAUUCCAAUAACCUUCUGAUGGUACAAGAUGACGGGAAACUGAGCAAAACAUUACGUACUGAAGCGGACGGAUUUAACCAACCAAGAUGUGUAUGCUACAACAAGGAAAAGAAUAUCUUACUGGUGUGCAACUCAAGAUAUGGGAGUGCUUUUUUAUUUAGUGUUAUUUAGUUUCGAUACGUUUUGUUAAAAAUGACGAUGGAAAGUUAAGAUAACUGUGCACUCGGACAAUGAUUUGGUACAUUUUAUUUUGAUAAUCGUUAAACUCAUUUUCUUAACUGUCAGAAUGCUGUGAAUAGGGAACUGUUACAAAAAUAGGCAAAACACGCAAAUGAAAGACAACACUGUCUUCCCUGAAUUAUUUCAUCAUUUUCAUGGUUUUGUGUAUUUCUGAAUAUAAAUCAUUUAAAUAAAAUAUAACUUAUA